AUGGGGUAUCUCGGGCCCAAAGAGCUUUGUAUCGGUUCACCCCCCAUUGAAAGCAUCAGCGCCCCAAGGUGCCGAAUCCAGCUCGUCGUGCCGGCUUCGACGAAGAUGUCCUCCGCCGACCAGAAAAACUUCGAUGUGCCUACCAGAGUUGCCAACCGAGACUUCCAAUCGGUGAACCACCUUCUUCGCGAGAUCGUGUCGAUUCGAGACCUUUACAGCAACUCGGACACUGGCCGAUUGAGUGCAGCGCACGAGGAGCUGAUGCGGGCAGUUUUUGCGAACCACCCAGAAGCUGAACGGAAACUUCAAGGCAUGCAGUUUAUCAGAGUCGGGCCAAACUCCAGAUCCAGCAGGCCGAACGACAGCUGCUUCUACAUUAUGACCAACGAAACAGACGGUGAUGAUAUCAGCUACAUGAAGUGCUUGAGGCGGCUAAGUGAAGUAGCUCUUCAGGAGACUCCAGGCGAGCAUGUUGUUCCACUCGCAGCGAUGACCUCCAAGUACGAGGGCUUGUCGGUCCGGAUCGGGCCGGACGACAUUUUGGUGGAGCCUGGAACUCUUGAGGCCUUUGGGGUCCACGUGGAGCUGUACCGCAAGCUCUUAUCGGUGCACACGCAGAAGAGAAUUUAUGGCCCUUGGAUGCUGCAUCAUGGCAGCGAUGCAAGGUUGAUGAUGGUGGCUGACAUGGCCCAGGAUGAGGUGGCCAUCACCUGGAAAGCACCAUUCCAGGUCCAUUGCGGCAGUGAACCGGCACUUCCGCGGCCACAUAUGGCCACGGCCCAGCCACCUUCACUUCAAGUCUGCUUGGACGCCCUUGCUGAUAAGGCCGGAAUAGCCGGUGCUUUUGCCGCAUCUUCUGAAGAGGAGAUGCAGCUGGUGGCUGGCCAGGUGCUAUUUAAGGCACUGUCCUCCUCGACGCAGCUGGCACGGUCUAAAGCAGGAGCCUUAUCACAAAUCCACAGCCUGAAGGCUCUGGCGAAGCACCAGUCCUACGAGUUGCUGCAAGAACAGCUGCGUAACUCGCAGGCGAAGCUGCACGAGGCAACAAGUGAUCGAGACAUGGCACGCUUGGCCCUUGACAAGCUGCACGACGAACUGGCCACACUCAGACGCAGCAUCUUCCCGCCACAGGUGGUGGGAUCAGUGGGAACGGAACAGGAUCUCCAAGACCCAGGUCGUUCGACAUCGGCCGAGUCGGUCCGGGCUCGCGACAGCCACCUCGCGACCGAUGAAAGCAUCGAAGCGCUCAGCCAGCGGCUCAAGGAACAUCUUCCGGAGCCGGCUGCAACCAUGCUGCGUAAUUCCUUGAGCCUCAUGUCCAGCGAAUUGUACUCUGGGCCCUCCCGCGCACUCUGGGAACUUGUGCAGAAUGCCGAUGACUGCAGCUAUAAGGGUACUCCUCACAUGAAAAUUGUGGCAGAUUCCUCAUAUUUGUGGCUGGAAUACAAUGAAGUCGGCUUCACUUUCCAAGAUGUGGAGGCACUGUGCAGUCUGGGUAUGUCCAUGAAGGGGCCGGGCCAGACGGGACACAAAGGAGUUGGGUUCAAAGCAAGCUUCGUCUUGUCCUGCAAGCCUCAUGUUCUCUCCAACCCGUAUCGUUUCUACUUCAACGAGGAGGCAGACUGCAUUUUGCCGCACGUCACGCCCCAUGUGCUUGAUCACACAACUUUUCCUCAAGACUUGCCAUCAAGUGGGACUGCCAUCUACCUCCCACUGCGCAAGCCUGCCCCCAGUCUGCUGCAAGAAGUAGUGCCAUCGACGCUGUUGUUCCUGCGUCAACUUCGGUCUCUUUCGUUGGAGAGCAUCGAUGCCGGCCGGGUGCGGACAUACGUGCGAGAAGGCGGCGAUGAGGGACCAGUUGCAGUUGUGGAGCACGCAGAAACGACGCGGAAGCAUGACUACUACAUUGCACGUGGCCCGGGUGGCAGCAUUGCCGUUGCAUUUCCUCUGAGCUGCAGCAGUUCGGAAGCAUCCUGGAUCUCGACAACGCUUCCGCUGUGCACUCUGCCGGGAUUGAAGACACCAUUAGAUGCUCCGUUCGAGCUGACGGCGAACCGAGAAGCCCUGCUCGAGGGGAGUGCCAGAAACGCGGCUCUGCGGGACGCCUUGGCCCACUUGUGGCUGCAGGCGGUGGAGGCUGCUCAAGAUGGUUCUGCUCUGGCAGCCCGUGCAUGGACGCUCCAGCCGGGGCCGGAACUGGCCCAGCUGCCAUUUUGGUCGCCGUUUUUGCAUCGAGUGCGAUCUGGUCUGCAGGAGAUCUCGUUGGUGCCGGUGCUUGGAGGUACCGGCCAGGCGCGCCGGCUGCCAGUGACUCGCUGCCGCAAAGCGCAGUCUCGGCUCCUGGGAGAGCUUGCGUUGGGACCGAAGGAAUUGGAGAUGUUGGACUUGGGCAUCCCAUCGCCGGAGUACUUGAGCCAGCUUCCUGAAGGCACGGACCUUGGCCUUCGGGAGUUUGGGGUCGCCGACUUGCUUCGGCUCCUCUGCUUGCCCGGCGACCCACCCAACGCUGAACGCUCCCGUUGGGAGGCCAGGGGCAAUCAAUGGCGAAAGAAGGUCACACAGGAGCUGGCUUGGCAGAAGCACGACAUCGAUACGAUGGCUUUGCGGAAGGUGCCGCUCUUCCCACUUGCCGAAGGUGAUGACCCAGACGUGACAACUGGGGCGUGCGCAGCAUCACCCUGGAGAGCAUGUGACGAAGGUCACAUCUUUUGGUCUCUGCCCAGGAAUGCUCCGAAGGAUCUUCUCCGAGUGUUGCACGCAGAGCAAGGCUGCCGCGAGGACAGGGACCUGCUCAACCUCCUGGGGUGCGGGUGGACUGCGCAGCCGCGAGACGUCGCUUAUGCAAUUGUGCAGCAGAACUUGGGCCUGUCGACCAUGGAGGAUCAGCGCUUCUCCUGGUCAAAGCUCGCGUAUCUGGGCCGGCACUGGGACGAAAUCCUGUCAAGCUCGGCGACCGAGAGCUGGCUGGCAAUGCAGACUGUGGGGGAGAUGGAGAAGCUACUCCGAUCAGUUCUGGUUCCAUCGCGCGGUGGUGGCGGCAGGCUCCGCUGCGAUGCCAGAGAGUUGCACUCCCCUUUCUUCCUUGGCUGCAAACCCUUACGUGGCAACUCUGAGGGCAGUGAUUUCAUCUUGGAACCGCCAGGAGCCGCGGGUGUGAAAGCCAGGCUUUGGUGGGAGCUCGUCUUCCUGCGUUUGGGUGCACGUCCUUGUGUAGGCAGCGUGCGCCUGCCAAAGGGCCUCUUUGCACUUCCUGGCAUUGCGGGCGACCUGAGGGCUCUUCUAAGCUUCUAUGGCAAGUCCGUUGAUCUCAGGGAGCUGCGCAGCCGAUGCGAGAUCGAAGACCGCUCUGGCCGCGUCCGCACGGUCGGCCGGGAGCCUGAGAAGCGGAAGCACUCCGAACGUCUGCUCGGGCCUCGGUUUCUGCAAUUCACUGGCCCAGAGUACGUGGUGGACAUCGCGGAGGAGGCGGAACUUGAAGGCUUAGCUCAGCAACUGCUCGGCAUCGUCGUUGCUCCGACAUGUGCUGUGUUGCUCGCCUUGCUGGCGCGAGUUGCGAAACUGGAGUCUCGCUAUCUGCUUGCAGUAUAUGAUUUCCUAUCGGCCGAAUGGAAGCGCGGACAGCUUCCGCUUGAGUGUGCUGAGCUUGAGGAGCUGAAGCACAACGGCUUCUGGGUAAUAGCUGAAGAUGGCCAGAUCGUUCGGAAGCUGCCGGCAGAGGUAUGCCGAGGAGAUGUCGAGCGGACGGGUGCUGGUGAAGCACAGGAAGGACGGAUUCUAGAGUUCUUUGUUGCGUGCCUUGGUGUCAUGAUCUCCCCUCAGCCUGAGUCAGCGAGCGGGUCUGAGGCUCCGUGCGUCCCUCCCUCGUCCUCCCAAGAUUCUGGCAAAGAGAAAGACUCUGCAAAGGGGGCGAAGUCCAAGUCCAACAAGAUGGAAGGCAGGGAGAAGAAGUCGGGGCAUGCACAGGAUGGGGAAAAUCCUGACACCUCCAAGCGAGAGCCGCAGCCUCCCAGCACCAGCGCCAACAAGUCCAGGCAGUUGCCAAAGCUGCCGCUGCUGCGGGAAGGCGUCGAUGCAGAAGUUGAGGUGGCAGGUUCGGCACCCUUCCGUCCGUUGUUGGCCGAGCUGCCAUUGCUCAGCAAACUCCUGGCAGACAUCUUCAAAGAGGGCGACGGGGACGAGCGUCUCUUUGGCAGCAUGGUGCCAGGGCUCAUGGAGGUGCCAGUCUCCCAAAUAAAGUUCACCCAGACCUCCAUCGCUGGCAAGUUCAUCCACGGCCGAUUUAAGGGCUGCCGAGUUGAGGCGGUGGCGAAAGAUCUGAAAAAUGGCAAGUUGAGGCCUGCGGACCUUCCCAUUGCCGUGGUGCGAUUCAACUCGUCUUUUUGGACUUUGAACAACCGCACCUUGUAUGUGCUGAACCAUGUCUCUCGCCAAAGAGCUCCGCUGCUUGCUUGGGUUGCGCAGUACACGCUUUGCCCAAUCACUGCCAAGUUUCUCCAGCUUCGAUAUGGCUCGCUGCUGAAGGAGGAUGCUAAGAGUAUUAGCAGACUGCCGGCCUUGAAGGAUGAGGAACCGGAGCUUUCAAACCCGGAUGAUGCUGAUGAUCAACCUACAUGGGAUUCUGGGGACGAGGAGUUGCUAGAGAAGGGCAUGGCAUGGAAGUCAUAG